CUAGGGCUCAUACUACACUACUUCAAGCUACUUACAAAAUACAUAUAUACAGACAAAACCUAUAAUGUUGUCUGCUAAGGCUGCUAGUGAUUCCCAUGGCCAAGACUCUUCCUAUUUCUCUGGAUGGAUAGAGUACGACAAGAACCCAUAUCACCACCUUCAUAAUCCUAAUGGGAUUAUCCAAAUGGGUCUUGCUGAGAAUCAGCUUUGCUUUGACCUUCUCGAAUCUUGGCUUCAACAAAAUCCAGACGCACUGGAAAUGAAGAGUAACGGAGGUUCCAUCUUUAAAGAACUUGCUCUUUUUCAAGACUAUCAUGGCUUACCAGCUUUCAAGAAUGCACUAGUAGAGUUCAUGGCUGAAAUAAGAAGAAACAAGGUAAAUUAUGAUCCAACCAAGCUUGUGCUUACUGCUGGCUCAACUUCAGCCAAUGAGACUCUCAUGUUUUGCCUGGCUCAACGUGGCGAUGCCUUCCUUCUUCCUACCCCAUACUACCCAGGGUUUGACAGAGAUCUAAAAUGGAGAACUGAGGUUGAAAUUGUUCCAAUACAUUGCUCAAGUUCAAAUGCCUUCAAAAUUACCCUGCCUGCUCUAGAACAAGCCUACCAGCAAGCCCUAAAACUUGGCUUGAACCCAAAAGGGAUUUUGAUCACCAAUCCUUCAAACCCUUUAGGCACAAGCAUGACUAGAAAUGAGCUUAAUAUUCUCAUUACCUUCGCCAUGUCAAAACAAGUUCAUAUAGUCAGUGAUGAGAUAUAUUCAGGCACAGUUUUCGAUUGCCCUAAUUUCAUAAGCAUAACAGAAGCCCUAACUGACAGAAAUCUUGAAAUAUCUGACCUAUGGAAUCGGACUCACAUUGUUUACAGUCUCUCCAAGGAUCUUGGUAUGCCCGGUUUUCGAGUCGGUAUGAUAUACUCAAACAAUGAAACAGUAGUUGCUGCUGCUACUAGAAUGUCGAGUUUCGGUUUGGUUUCAUCUCAAACUCAGUAUUUACUCGCAAAAAUGCUUUCAGACAAGAAAUUUACUUGCAAAUACAUGGAAGAAAAUAAGAAGAGAUUAAAAAGGAGAAAAGAAAUGCUGAUUUUAGGUCUUGAAAAUGCAGGAAUAAAGUGCUUGAAAAGUAAUGCCGGCUUGUUUUGUUGGGUAGACAUGAGACAUCUUUUAAGUGAACAAACUUUCGAAGCAGAGAUAAAGCUAUGGAAAAAGAUUUUAGGACACGCUGGAUUAAAUAUCUCUGCCGGAUCUUCUUGUCAUUGCUCUGAACCAGGAUGGUUUAGAAUUUGCUUUGCAAAUAUGUCUGAAGAAACUUUAACUGUUGCAAUUGAACGCAUUAAGGGUUUUGCAGGAUCAAUCAUCAGUGCGACGUCGCUUAUGUACAUUUGUACAGUUUGAUGGAUGGUUAGCAAGCAGCUGCUAAAAUGUUCACAGAAAGUUCCCAAGUUUCUACAUUUACGCAUGGCUAGUAUGUAUCCUCGCGAUAAUAUUUGUUAGGAAUAUUAAAAUACUUACGUUGGUUAUCAAGUUGUUUGUUUUUAGCCCUACUUGGUGGAG